UAUGCUUCUAUCCCCCGUCUUGGGAGCUCUCCCACAGCCACGUAGGCAAAGAGCGGAUACAAGCAGUGUGGGUUUUUGCUAACUCUUCCGUAUUCGGGACUACUUUGACAAUAACUAUUGUGCUUCACCGCGGUUAAGAUGACACGGGUUUUAGAGAGGUCGAGACGACAGUUGCUGACAAAAGUGUCUGCUGUUCCUUCACGGCUGUGAGGACACAGUGCCUAGCAUGGCGCCGGUGUGCAAGCUGCCCGAGGAGAGCGACGCCUCGAUGCGCGCGCGCCUGUUCACCAGCCUGAGCCAGAGCUUUCCACACAGCCAGCUGUACAAGGCGCUGCACGGCGGCGGCGACAUGAUCCUCAACGGCGGUGACGGCGGCGGCCUCUCUGAUGACGAUGACGACAGCCUGUACGGGGACCACCUGUCCAACAGCUGCUUUGCCUCCUUGCGCAUGGACCGCCGGGACAGUGAUGACUUCGACGACGACCUUCGCUCUUUAGAAUGGCUGCAGAGCGAGGAUCUGCUCAAGAAUAUUGGAGGGGAAAAGUUGGACAAGGAUGAAGACGGCGAAGAGCAGAAGGAGAAUGAGGACGUGAAGCCGGAUAUUAACUUGCUUCAGGCGGGCCAUGCUCCCGGCCAACAGCCCAAUAACCUCCCCUACAUGCCACAGAAACAUGUGAACAGUAAGCCACCCUACUCCUUCUCAUGCCUCAUCUUCAUGGCUGUGGAGAAUUCACCCAAGAAGAUGCUGCCUGUGAAAGACAUUUACAAUUGGAUUCUGAAGCAGUUCCCAUACUUCCAGAAUGCACCCACGGGCUGGAAGAACUCAGUUCGGCACAACCUCAGCUUAAACAAAUGUUUCAAGAAGGUGGAGAAAGACAAGGGGCAGAGCAUCGGCAAAGGAUCGUUAUGGUGCAUCGAUCCAGCUUAUCGACCCAACCUUCUCCAAGCACUGCGGAAAACACCCUACCACCCUUAUCAUCAGCUUCAGAUGACAUCCACACAACCUCCAAGCUAUAUCAAUAUGCAGUAUCAGAGUCUUCCAGGUGGUGGCCGCACAGUUCUUCCUCUGACACAGAGGCCAAUACCAAACACAGUCUCCCCACAUCUUUUUCCAUUUUUGAGCCGAAGACUGGCACAAACUUCCUUUGAUGUCGAUAAUGAAAUGAAAGAUGUAGCACAGACACUUGUGGCUUUGAAAGGCUCCUACAAAAAAGAGUCACCAGACAGUUCCCCAGGGGAAGACAUUGGGCCCACAUGGAAGUACCACAAACGUUCGUACAGUUACAACAAUCCUCGAAAGCGGCCGUCCAGUCCAGUGGUUGUGACGGGCCAUCCGUAUGAUGAUCACGCCUACAGCUCCACCAGACUGCUGGAGGACGACCUCCCUUCUCCGUCUUCGUCUUCAUCCAUCGAUGAGGAGUAUGAUUUCGGCGACGCAGAUGAGGAAGGCGAGUCUGAUUAUCAGUCUGACAGUGACUGGGACAGUGACGACAAAGAUGAGGUGGAUGGAGUCCUUCCCUCUACAAAGAAGCUGAAGAUCGACAUGGACAGAGACAACUCUGGAAGCGCUUCGAAGCCCUCUGCUCCCAACGACAGUGAAGACGACGAGCAAAAGAAGAUUCAGGAAGGCGCAAACGCUCUGCUCAACCUGGCCGGGCUCUUGAUGAGCAACCGUAGCAGCAGCAGCACCAGCAACUCCAACAGCGUGGACGGUCGAGAGGUGAGGGAGGAGGCCAAGUCCAAGAGGAAGGCUGGAGACAAGAAAAAAGUCAGGAAGAAACAGCUGCCACAAUCAGAGAAGAAGCGGGAGCCCAAGGAAAAAGAAGAGGGCUCGCAGAGGAAGAGGGGAUUCAGCAAAAGGAAAAAUGCGGGCAGCAAUGGCAAGUACGACAGUGAGGAGUAUUCCCUCCUCAAACCACGGAAAAACACCAAGACUAAAGGGACUGCUGGGGUGGCUGCAAAGCCACUUAAAUCUGGUGUUUCAAAAUCAUCAGCAGAGAAAGACUCGAGUUUUUCAUCAAAUUCAGCUGCAAAGUCGAAAGCGCCUCCUGGCAGGCCAAAAGGUUUGAAGAAGGCUGGUGUUGUUAAGAAAAAAUUGAAACUCUCUAAGAGUUUUGGAACCAAAAAGAACAUUAUUGCUGGUAAGUCUGAGACCGCACUCGACAGUAAAACCCAGAAGAAACGAGUAACGAGUGCUGGUGAGAAAAAGUGUGUGACCAAGACAAAGUUGAAAAGUUCUACUGCUGAGAAAGGAAAUAAAGACACUGAAGAAAACAUGGUGGUUACACAGGAUGUAUUUUCUUCCUCAUCGAAUGCCAACAAUUUGAAUAACAACAACAAUGUUGUUAAGGACGAUUCUUCUCCAAAUGAGCUUUUAUCUAAUAACGUUCAGCUGAAUAAACCCAAGAGCCCGUCACCAGAGCAGAUUCUUAAGGAACCAGUCGGCCUCAUUGCCGAUAGUCAACCCAGUUUGUCAUCAUUGAGUUCCGUCAGUGGAGAGGAGCUUACUCCAGCUGGAGAUGCGCCGGUCAAAUCAGCCUGUAGAAGUCUGGCUGGGGAUUUUUCUGCAGCUGCCAACGAAAAAGUGUCUUCUGCCCCGACCGACACUUGCAGCAGCCUCCUGGAGGAGACGGUUCUCCCCUCAAGCAAAACCUCAAGCAGCAAGUCUGGUCUGAGUGGUCGGAGCACUCCGGUAUCUUCGGCCGGGAGUCCGGGGGCUGCACACAAGAGUCCUCAUUUCACCCGGUUCUCCAAGAAGAAAGCGGCUUUGUCCUAGCAUCUCGGACUGUCUGUGAAUGAGCACUGGCCUCCCUUAGACUUGUUACUCUGCAUUGUGUUUUAUACCAGUAGACAUGGAAGUAGAUAUUUGUGAACUCACUUCUCUCAGGCUUUUGCCCGUCUUUGCAAUUUGUUAACUAUUUAUCAACUUGCCAAAACUGUGACAAGAAUUGAUAUUUCUCUGUCAUUUGGUAUGGACGAUCAGAGUUAUUUUUUCCCCCUUUCUUUUUGUCCUUUUUGUCUCUCUAGACAUUUAACACUCGCAACGAUGGUAUACAUGUCGUUGAUAUAAAUCUUGUACCAAGUGUCGUAUAGAGACAUUCGAAGGCACUUUGUGCAAAGUUUAUAUCGUUGAUGUGUUGCAUUUUCUCUGUAAAAAGAUUCCUUUUGCUAAUGACUGCUUAAAGUUGCUUUUCUCUAGAAAAGACUAAAAUCAUAAAAGCCGCUAUUUUGGUCAAAAUAUUGAGUUUUCCUCUGCAUAAGGUUAUUUUUUCCCCCUGGGAUAGAGGUGCUAUUUAGUGUUAUGUUCAGUUAUAACAGUAGAGGAAUUAUUGCUGUCCCAAUAUCUUUCAUUCUAGAUCUUCAAAAGCAAAAUCAAAACUUACGGAGCUGUCUGCAUUUUUGUUGACAGUUGGGAACACAUUGGUUCUUCAUGGUUCCUUUGUUUCCCCUCUUGUUAGCCUGGUUCUUCAUGGUUCCUUUGUUUCCCCUCUUGUUAGCCUGUAAUUGUAGUGAUCAGCCUCUUGUAUCCUUGACUCGUCAGUGCAUUUAAUUAACUUGUAAUGUACUGUUGACUGUUUUUGUCAAUAGUUGUAUUUCCGAGAGACAUGAAUUUUUUUGUAGCAAUGAAUUUUAGGUGUGGCAAACUUUAUAUGCCUUAAAUUUUGCCGGAAAUUGGAAGCUCCAUGAAUCUGAAGAUGUCUCAAGGUGCUUUGCGCACCUUGGAAAACGUUUUUUCUAACUUACUUCAGGUUAUUUGUUUCACGGGUAUGCUUGCCAGUUGAUGGGUACAGUAACCUCACUGUUGAUAAAGAAUAUGGCUGUUUAAGAAAAACUUCAUUUUUCUGUUGGUGCUGGUUUAGUUUAUGUUAUUAUGUUUUCUCCCCUCAAACUUUGCAGCAACUAUUCUUUUUCUUUUUACUGACAAAAGUGUUCAGCUUGACAAAGCACCAAUAUACCAAAGUGUGUGUUGUUGUUUGUUUUUGUUUUCAACAACGGAGAUAUCCUGUCUUUUUUAUGGUGACACUUCUCCAGUGUGUGUUGUGAUGGGUCACUUGACAGUCCCAAAGAUACUUCUGCAAGAGACUCUACAUUCCCAUCUCUACUUAGGAGCAAGUUUACUUCACUUGUUUAUGAGCUCAAAAGGCCAAUGGAGUUAGAGGGUAGUCACCACAAGUGCCGUUUUUCACAGAUAGCAGAGCGGAGUCAAACCAAAAUGUUGACGUAUAAUAACAGAACAUGCACUGGAGAAGUGUUAACCUCAGUUGUCUGUAUGACAAUGCCUGGUCAAGAUGCUUGGAUCCCUCCCGCACAGUUGAUGAGUGAGGGACUGAUACUUGACCACCAGCUUUUGUUGUCUAUUGUCUUGUUGGUGUUGAAUACUUGUUGGCGUGAAUCUGGCGGCCACGCGAAGAUUGUGUUGGAAGUUUACUGAUGGUCUUACUGUGGUUUCUUCACAAGUCCUAGGGUGUGGCUGCUGACCCCCUUCGGUGUUGAGUGCUUCAAUACACUCCAGGGUGGGGUGCAGUGUGAUAGCUGCAUUCAGCUCACUUGAUAAAGUGCCCUAUUUGGAGGAGGACACUUUCGUGAAUAUAUGCAUCAGGCUGACUUGAACUGAGUUCACGCUUUGCCAUUUUGAGCUCUUGUUUAAAGUUUGUGAAUAGUCCUACUCUACUGCUUUUCUAACUGUUACUGUUCCAGAGGACUUUUGUCGCCAUAGAUGCUUCUGUGCUGCUGCUAGUUCAUGUGGAGAGAGACUGUGAGACUAUACUUUUUCUUGUGUCUGAUUGGGGCAAGGUUUGGGGAAAGUUUUGAGCACUUUUUUCUCUAUUGUUGUAAAGAAGUAUUAUGAUCAUAAGGUGCCUUACAUGUCAUGAUGAACUAUAUGUGUUGGGAAUUUUUUGUUAGUUGGUUUGCUUGAAAUAACAAUUUUGAAAUGUUUUUGUGUGUGUGGAGAGUGAGAUUUUGUAAUGUUGUUAAAAUGUUAAAUUGAUGAGAAAAUGAACCUUUGAAACUUGUAGCACAGUGUUGUUUGACACCUUGAUGGGCUCCUUGCUUGUGUUUCGUGUGUCCCCGCUGGUCAUGGUGUGAAUGCUGUGAAUAAAUGGUUAACUACGGUUUCCAGUUUUCUUGUGAUUAUGUAAAUCUUUUUCAAGGCAUCAAUGUGACCAAAAUAGAGUUGAUAGUGCCAUAAAACAUACAACUGGAAUAGGGUCUAGUAGAAACGGUGAAAAAAUAUUGCAGCUUUCUCGUAAUGCUUACAUAAUGUGUACCAGUGGGCUGGAUGGUCCUGUUUUCUAACCCGAAAGUGAAAUGUAGGAUUUGUAGUUUUGUAGUGUUUUUUUUAAGAAAUAAAAGCCUACAAGAAUACUGGCUGAGAAUUUAUGAGAAGGAAAGAGUUUUGAAUCCUUAAAAGGUGAAAUGAGCAGGAGACCAAUCUUUUGCUUGUGAAGGCAUUUCUUGAAAGGCGGCUAAGAGAUUAGUCAUCAGUGGUUGAACCCUUUUUUUUUUGGUAUUGGUCCUUAUUUUUUUCUUUGUAAAAUAUCUGUGUAUUGGGUUUUCAGCAGUUUCAUUGUAUUCAACUAAAUUUUACUGGUAGGAAUGAGGUAUUGUGUAACAUUAGCAACAGUGAUCUUUAUGUGGAGCUGAUGGGUCAGAUAGCUGCUAGGGACACACAACAUGCUUGUCAUACUCUGCUUAUUAUAUAUAUGAUUGUGAAAGCCAAAGAGUAAAGAAGUAGAAUAAAUGGUUUGUUCUUUAAGCGCAGUGUAUCUUCCCCCCCCCAACCACCACCACCACCACCACUGAAUGAUAGUGAUGUUGUAUUGGCAAGUGUCAAAAGACUUGACUGCUAUUGUAUGUGCUGUGACAGGUUACCACAAGGUGUUCAUUUAGUCCUCAUGGGCUCAGCUCCUCUCUGUUUUUCUACCGAGACUGCUGUAAAGUCUCUGCUACUGCUCUUUGGGGAGGGGCGCACUCUCAGCUGUGUGCUUGCUCCGUUUUUCUUUUAACAUCAAGAUAACUGGCUGUACUGUGAAAUACAUGCUUUUUGUCCACUUUUAACUAAAUGUGAAAGCAGGCAUAGUUGAGGUGGAAAAAAAAAUCUUCACAGGUAUAUAUGAAAUAAAAAAUGUCUUUUUGUAGUAAAAAAUACAAUAAAACGGAAAUAUAGUUUCAAUCAGCUGAGGUCUGUAUAGAGGAAAAGAUCAUGAUUUUAGUCCAUGUUUUGGACUCCCGUUUAGUUUUCACUUGUAGAACGCUGAAAAAUGGAAGGUGCUGAAUGAUAUCAUUAAAUACAGAUCUAGCACUAACUUAAUGAGCAAAAUGUUUGUGUUUAAGGAAGUCUAUGAUGUGAAUUAAAGAAAUGCUCCUUUUUUUGGGGUCAUUUCAGAAGUCUUUAGGGAUUUAAGUGAAAAACAAUCUUAUUGAUUACUUGUUUUGAAAGGGAAAAUAAAAUCUGGACUAUUUAUUUAAUUAGCAAGUUGUUUUAAAAGUCAAGUGAAGAGCCAAACAAAUCUUUACAGCUGUUGAAGUUGUGUAAAAAAAAAAGAGGAAGAAAAAAGGAUUGAUAUUGCUUUUUAGGACAUGAAAUAGGGGCAAUACAUUGCAGACCAUAUGCGAGUAAAUCUCUACCGGCUUUGUUUUGAGGUUGAUGUAACAGUCUGUUGCUACUAGAUUAUGUAUGAGAGGUUUAGUGUGUAUCUCAGCUGACACCAUUUCCUCUACUCGCUGUGUACUAACUAGUGUAGGGAACGCUACAGUCUCUCAGUCUUGUGCUUUGGGCUUUCCUUAAACUAGUGACAUGAUGAUGGAUUUACCUUUUUACAAACACUGUGUUCAGAUGCUUUACCCAAUUGUUUUGUUUGUUGAGGCCCUUCUUUCUAUGGAUGUAAGUGUAAUGGAAGGUGCUUUUCUAGUCCUGCUCCUUGUGUGUUGAGUGUUUGGUGCUAUGCAAACUUGCACACGUGUGAGAGAGCACUAGGUGAAUUUGCUCACUGAUUUCUCAUGACACAAAGACUGUAAUCGUGUUCAUCUGAAUGGCAUUUGUAUUGCAAAGUUAAAUACUCGACGAAGAUGACGAUAAUGAUCAUACGAUUCAUGCAUUUUUAAAAUGAAAUAUGUUGUUGUGUGGGGAAGGUUUUCUUUUCUCUUUUCAGAUUUGUUGAAUGGAUGACAAUUGCAGCGCUUAUGUGGGGAUGUUAUUCUACCUUUUUAGUUACUACGGAACGUUUAUUUGAUACGCAGCAAGUUUGUUAUGUAGUUUGAAGAUGACGCAAGUGUAGGGUUGUUGGCAUGCACUUCAUUCAACCCCUUGUUUUUGUGAGGAUAUAAUGGGCAUGUAUCCUUAUUAAGUGACACUUUCUGUGGAGUGCAUAUUGGGGUGCUUUGUUUGUUGGUUUUUACUUCUCUGUCACUUAAUUGGAUGUUUAGUGAAGAAAGAAAGAGUGUUCUGUGUAAUAAUGGAAUUCUUAAGCUUUAAUCUGUAGAAUGUAGUAUUUGUUGGACAGAGUGGUCUUCCUAUUAGUUUAAACAUGGAGAAUUUUCAAGAAAACAUUUUUUGUUGCUGAAGCUUUGUAUUUACGAGUUUCUAUUGUUAAAUAUGAAUUCGGAUGGAGGCAGAAAGAUUAACUUAUUUUUAUUUGUUUUAAAAAAUAAGUACCUGUUUGUUGUAAAAGGUAGGUUUCUAUUAUGUUAGUCAGUUUCCCACCUGGAUGCCAUAUGCAGUACAAAAUGCACUUAGGUUUUUGAGCAGAUGCAGUCGGAACUAACAAAAUAUUCCAGUGGCUAGGUCUUCCUAUACAUGUCUGAAGUGCAUAACUGUUUAGAUUCUAUUCCGGCAGCGAAUUGUUCAAGUCUUUCAUGGAAAAGACUCCAGCUGGUAAAUGGCAAGUGAUGCAUGGAUCAAGUAUGUCAUAACUCUACAAUUUCAUACAAGGGGAAGGGGACGGGGACUGGUUUCAGUGUCAAGCUCUAUAGUGAAGUUCCUGCAUUGUAGAAGUAAAUGAUUUUUAUUUGUUUUGUCAAGUUCUUUCAGUGUACAGUUGCUAUUAUGGGGAUUUUUUUUCAUUUACCAUGAAUUACGAAAGUAAAGCAGUGUGCUCUUAUUCUUAUACUCAGUAAAAUUGAUCUCGGUUAAUUUUUGUACAUAUUCAAACCACUCUCUUGCUCUCGCUUUAUAGCGUUAAAUUAUUUCCAAGAAUAUAGACUUUUGUCUUCUUGUUUAGUUUGUUUGAAUCUGUAUUUUAAAAGUUAAAACUUUCAAAUGAAAAUGUAGCUUCGCUUAUGUAGUAAGAACUUGAAUUUUAAAUAUUCUUACCAUCAAAAAUAUUAUGUGUCCAAAUUUAUUAUGAUGUCAAAAGUUAAGUCUAUGUACAGUCUUUUUAUUUCUAGUUGUCUCUGAUCAAACAUCCAAGUUUUGUGUCGUAUAAUCAGCACAAUAAUUCUUGUUCCUGCCAUUGUGUCUUUUCAAAGGAUUCGGUUGUAUUCAUGUCACCAAAAUCCUUUCUAUACAGCUGAAACAAUGAUUUCGGAAACCAUGUUUCAAAAUCUAGUUGAAGCUGUCCAACACAGCCACCCACUGGUGAGGAGAAAAGUGGUUGUCUAAACUAGGUGGAUGUCUUGGACAGUGGCCAUAUAAUAUAAGGGAAAAAACAUAAGGGGGGAAGUGGGAAGUGAUCAUUUGUACAGGUGAUUGUCUUAAACUGGUGGCUAUUACCAUUAGAGCAGGUUCAACUGUAUUCUUAUCGACAUAGCCUUUUGGGGUAUCCGAGCCGUUCAUCAAGACAAAGAUUUGUUAGGCCCGAGUGUUGGCAUUGUUGACUGGUUGCUUAUGUUGUUGGGCAGUACAGCUGGACAGGUGUUAUUGUGGUACAGUUCAUUCAUAAUCUUGGCUUGGAGGUGAUUCAUGUACGGCGUGGCCUCCAAAUUCCUCUCAUCUUUGUGGAAUACUUUUACUCCUGGCCCGAUAUGAGGGAAUUUGUGUUUUAGAAAGGCGUUCUUUAAUAUGAAUGGGAAAGAACUGAGUAGUUUGGAUGGCUAGGGUAGCGUAACCAUUGUGAUUCUGUCAUGUUGGGCUAUUGUUUCACACAAAGAUGACAAGAGUUACCGUCUCCCGGGAGUCCAAAUUUAUCGAUUAUACCAAGAGCACAAGCACUCUUUGUAUCAUGCACUCUCAGUAUGGCUUCUGGUUUUUAAAGAAAGGAAUUUGAUGAAAGUUGAACCCCACGUACACACUAAUCAAUGUCUACAUGUUUUGUUAUCUCAAAGUUAAGACGCAAUGAUUGUGCGACGGAAAUUUUGCAAUGAAAUGUGUGUCUUUCAAAGCCAAGAAUGAAUUGAUCAGAUCUCAGCACAGCUGGAUAUUCUAGGAUUUUACCAAAUGUCAUCAUCAUUUUCAUUAUCCUCAUUAUUAUUAUUCCAUCGAUCCCCUUGCAGUGUACCGUAAUCUCUGAUAUACCAAACUGUACCUCUCUAUAAUCGGAUGCUCAUAGAUUGUUUUCUACUCUUGAACUCUAUUUAUUCAAUAAUUAUUUCAGCACUCUAGCCUGCUUUUUUAAAUUUUGCUUUUGUUUGGUUUGUUUCAUGUAUUUUUUGGGGGUCUCUUUUGUCUCAAGUGAGGUUAAAUGGUUGAUUGCUGCUUGUGUCUACACUGUGUAUAUAUUAAAUAAGCUGUCACAAAGGGAGAGAGAGAGAGAGAGUGUGAGGGAGAGAGAGAGAAUGGGACAUUGCUUUCUUUAUUACAGUGUAUUAGGAAUGACAUCGUACACAAUAGGUGAAUGGCUUGUACUGAGUUUUGCAAAUGUAGAUGCCUUCCUUAAUAUGUCUUCCAAGUUAUUUUACAGUGUUUAAGUAGAAUAAAUGUUCUACUUGUGAUUUGCCAAUUGUUUUGUAAUCAAACUUUCAAUGGGAUUGUAUUCAUUUUUCAGCUCUCACCAUAAGAAAGAAUUGUAUUCGUCAUCUCUAUUGUUCUAGGUUGAUGAAGUAACACCAGUUCACAACGAAAAUGUUUUGUUUUUUUUGAGAUUUAAAAAAUGUCCGGGAAUCAAUACAGUCGGGCACAGAUAUCACAAACCUGGAAAAUAAAGAAAAUCGUUGAUAUCUUGAACAAUUUACCAUUCCCAAACUGAUAUUUCUUUACUAAUAUUAUGUUUUAUCGGUUUUCCUGAAUUAUGGAUGUGUGAAACACAUGGUUUGUCAAUCCCCUACUGUACGUGUUUGAGUUAUCUGUGCCCGAUUUGUAAUUGCAGUGAUCAUCAAAACAUCUCAUAAUUCAUGCUCAUUUUUGGAUCAGUGGCCUCAGCGACUGGACUUUUCUAAUCUGAGAAAUUUUCAUUCCCAAAGCUCUUCCAAAUGAUGCAGAUGCCGCCCCUCAAACCAUGAGAAAAAAUAAUCCCCUGUGCUUGAGGGAAGUGUUAUGUAAUCAGUUAAACCGAACUGCAGAAAAAGCAAUUUUCUUGUUUCAGUUUAGAAUUACCCCCGUGAAGAUGUACUGCUUAUUGUUUUUGUCUUUUAAAUAUUUUUCUCAUCAUUCAGGUCCAUGUUGCAAUCAAAAUUUUGAGUGGGUUUUUUUUAUGUUGAUAUGCUUCGGCAUUGUUACUGAGCGGUCAGUUUUAAAAAGGUCAUGCCUACUGCUUUGGACAAUGAAGUGUAGAAGUUUAGAGGUUCCACGAGAGUUGUAAACAUUUUGUGUUACAGGACACAGUAUUGCUUUUGGCCACAUGUCAGUGCUACUCUUUGAAUUCUUCGGUAGCAUUCUUGGCAGUGAUUGUCAUCAGCGCCUUUCCACAAGCACAGUCAUUUUUAGAAAAUAAAGGAAAAAGAGGGUGCCAAAAUUGAAACACAAUUUAGGGCAAUAUUAUUUUUCAAGGAAAAUAAAGAAGCUGAACUGAACUAUAUAGAAAGAUAUGACUUUGAAUAAUUUCUAUUCUAUGGGCGAUUGUAGAAUGAUACAGAUGAUAAACUGUUGAGUUUUUAGAGAGUUGUUUAUCCCAUCUGGUGAGGCUGACCUGUCUUCUUGUGACGCUCAUGUACCUGGUUUUGGAUUGUUUUUUCUCUUGGAUUGUUUUUUCUCUUGCUGAAGAACUUAGCCAAAUAAAAGCAUGUCCAGUUCAAAUCUUAUAUUGCUUUUGUCAGAAGCUUUUUGGCUUAAGACAUUGAAAAAUGCUUCAUCAGGCAUUGUAUUUGAGAUGCAGCUAUUUUUGGUGUGGGCGGAGUGUCUAAAAACACACAAGAUUUGCUUUAUACUUGUCUAACGCAAUGGAGACAAGAUUGGCUAUGUGAACACUAGGUUUAGAGUAUAUAUGAUUUGCAGCUUUGAAAUGUAUGUUAUUCAUUUUGCAUCGUCUGAUCUACAAGUUCAGAGUUCUAUUUGAAAAUAUUUUUUUUUGCUCUCAUGCCUUUUUGUGUUUCUUGCAUUUUUAAAUUCUGUGUUCAAUUAUUUUGUGCAAUACAUUGGGCAGUGUGUAACAUAAAGAAUGUAAUCAGCACAACCAUCUGCAAGCUGGCUUCUUUUCCUCACCAUCUUUUUUUAAAACGUUAUUUGUAUAUGAUGUAAAGUUUUAAAUUCAAAAGAAAAGAAAAAAAUAAGAAAAUAAAGGUCUCAUGGUCAAA